ACUGGUUCAAGAAACUUAAAGGGUAUACUCUUGAGAAAGAUCGCGUCACUCAGUUAUACACAGUCUUGAGGCCAUACCCUAAGAAAGAUCACGCUGCACGGUCAUAUACGCCGUUGUGGUCUAUCGGAAAGAUCCACUGCAAGCCUCGUGUUGACAAAGCCAAUUGGAACGAAGAAAACACACACAUUUUCUGUGAAUUAUGUGUUGAGCAAAUAAGAGCAGGGAACUGUGUUAGUGGUACAAUGACAACAAGAGGUUACAACUUGAUAAAGGAAGAAUUCUUUGCUAAGACUGGCCUUAAACAUGACAUAAAACAGUUCAAGAAUAGAUGGACUCAGUGUAAGUCCAUGUAUUCUUUUUGGUUGUUUCUUAACAAUCAAAGUGGCCUGGGUAGAAGAGCUGACGGUGUAGUUAUAGCUUCAGAGUCCUUUUGGAAGACUCAUACUGAGAAGAGAACUAAGUGCAGGAAGUUUCAAUAUGGGAUUCCUACAUACAUGGAACACUUAGCAGAGAUGUUCCAUGGAAUCAUGUUUGAUGGAUCUAGUUCUUGUAUUCCUAGAAGUGACAAUAGACAAUCAGAAGAAGUGUAUGAAGAAGAAGGAGAUGAUAGAGAUGGUGAAGCAUUCCUAAACUCCACACCCACUAGUAGCAGCCGCAAAAGGGCCAGUAGUACAACAGACACAGCCACUAGUCCACCUAAAAAAGGAAAAAGUUCUAUGAUAAAGGUGUUAGAAGGAAUAAUUAAUGAAAUGCAAACAUCAAGGACUACAGAUACUGAAGUUUUCACCCAAAUUACAAAUACCCAGCAAAAUAGAAGUACACUACCCACAGAAGAUAUUGAAAGUUGUUUGAACUUGGCAGAAGCAAGUGGAGCUGAUAAAUCAUCAGAUGAAUACUUUGUGGCCACCAAGUUGUUUAGGGAUGACUACAACAGAGCUAUCUUCAACCGAUUUGAUACAACAAACCAAAGGUUCAUGUCGCUGCAGAGAUGGUGCAGGGAGUACUAUGGUUGACUAGGAGAUUAUGUCAUUUGAGAGUCUUUUAGUUUGUUGUGUGGACUUAUGUCAUUUGAGAGUCUUUUAGUCUGUUGUGUGGACUUAUGUCAUUUGAGAGUCUUUUAGUCUGUUGUGUGGACUUAUGUCAUUUGGGAGUCUUUUAGUCUGUUGUGUGGACUUAUGUCAUUUUAGAGUCUGUGUUGUUACUGCUUAAGUUUUAUGCCAAACUAUUUACAUAAUAUGUUUGCAUUGUUGUUGUGCUGAUGCUAGUAGAAUUAACAAGACUUGAUGUUAUUCACUUGUUUAUGUGAAGUAUAUUUUUCUCUUAUAAACUUAAUUGGUGUUUGUGUCACUGAAGGUUGCAGGAACUGGUCUGGUGCAACAAGCAGCCAUGCUUCUAAGAAUGAGAAACAAGAGGAGAAGAUACAUAGCAUGUGCAGCAGCUAUUAUUAGUAAGUUUCACUAUGAGACUUACAUGAACAAAGCCUCUUAUAGAAUUCCAUCUCAAUCUAGCUAUGCUUGGGUAAUGCAAACACUAGGAAAUAGAACUAGUUGCUAUAACAUGUUUACGAUGAGCAGGAAUGUGUUCGAUAAAUUGCAUAGUGUGCUUGUUGAAUCUUAUGGACUGACAAGCACUAGAAGAAUGACAUCAGUAGAGGCAUUGGGGCUAUUUUUAUGGAUCUGUGGUGCUCCUCAAUCACUUCGGUAGGCUAAAGAUAGAUUUUGUAGGUCACUAGAAACAUGUAGCAGAAAAUUUGACAAAGUUUUAAAUAGUGUAAACAAACUAGCAGCAGACAUCAUUAGGCCACUAUCCUGAGUUUACAUGUGUUCAUCCAAGGUUGCAAUCACCUAGAUUUAGCCCUUCCUUUGACAAUUGCAUUGGAGCUAUUGAUGGCACACAUAUCCUAGUUGUGGUUCCUACUACCAAAGUAGUUCAACAUACUGGAAGACAUGGGUACACUUCACAGAAUGUCAUGGCCGUUUGUGAUUUUGAUACGAGGUUUACUUUUGUUGUGGCUGGAUGGCUAGGAUCAGUUCAUGACAUGAGAGUUUUCAAAGAUGCAAUUGGAAAUAUGGAGAUAGGUUUCCACAUCCUCGAGAAGGGAAAUUCUAUCUUGUGGACUCGGGGUAUCCAAACCAAAUUUGCUAUCUUGCUCCAUACAAAGGUACAAAAUACCAUCUUCCUGAAUUUCGUCAAGGUCCAAUGCCAAGAGGUAGAAAAGAAAAUUUUAAUUAUGCACAUUCUUCACAUAGAAAUGUAAUUGAAAGGUCAUUUGGUGUCUUGAAAAUGAAAUGGAGGACUCUAUUAGAUCUCCCUAGAUAUCCUAUGGCAAAACAAAGUAGAAUAAUUAUGGGGUGUAUGGCACUUCACAAUUUCAUUAGGGAGAGUUUUUUGGGAGAUAAGGAUUUUGAGUUGUGUGACCAUGAUGAGAAUUAUGUGCCUGAAGUUGGUGAGUCAAGUACACAAGAACAAGAACAACUAGCAGGUUCAGUACAAGGAGAAGAAGAUCGGAAUAUGAAUCAAUUUCGUGAUUGGAUAGCAGAUGGCUUGUUCAAUAGACUGUAAUGAUUAUUGUGUGUAAUAAAUAUUAUAAAAAUGUACUGUUUUUUGCAUUUGGACAAGUAUUUUUGGACCGGUUGUGUGUAACAUUUUCAAUAGAUUAUAUUGUUUGCAGUGUUCAA